AUGGGGACUCCUAUUCGCAAGACCCGCGUGGCUGCUCUGCUCGCCAUCGUCGCCGUCAUCGCCGGUACGUUUUUUAGGCGCCUCGAAAGAAGAGUUGCGCAGCUGUUGGCGCAGCACCGGCGUGAUGGGGCCUCCGAGACGAGACGCAAGGCCCUCACGGCUGCCCUGCUCGCCGUCGUCGCCGUCAUCGCCGUCGCAGCAGCUGCCCCAACGGCGAGCUUGGGAGCCUUUCGAGUCCACUCAGUGGUCACACGCCCCUUCUCCAUGCGUGCGCCUCCCACCCCACGUGUCCCCAUUCCCACAGUCGCAGCAGCUGCUCCAACGGCGAGCGCGGCGAGCGUUGGCACGCGGAUGAAGGUCAGCGGCCUCUCUUUCUCCUUCAACUCGCGCCGCUGUGUGCCCAUUCGGCCCAACCUGGGUGGCGGGAAGAGGAAGGUGCAGGUGUCGUGGCAGCAGGAUGGCACGGCUGCUUGCGAGAAGGUUCUGUUCUUCCACGGUCCCGGCUGCAACGGAAAGGCAUUCGGCUCUCUCGUGCGCGGCCAGCAGAGAUCCAAGCCUCUUGGCAACGCUUUCAUCUCAGCCCGCUGCAUCACUGGUGGUGUCCUCACCACAACACCUGCCAGCACCACCACAGCACCCACCAGCGACACCAGUGCACCUGCCGGCGACAACACCACACCUGCUGGCGACAACACCACACCUGCUGGCGACAACACCACACCUGCUGGCGACAACACAACACCUGCUGGCGACAACACCACACCUGCUGGCGACAACACCACACCUGCUGGCGACAAGACCACACCUGCUGGCGAUAACACCACACCUGCUGGCGACAACACCACACCUGCUGGCGACAACACAACACCAGCUGGCGACAACACCACACCUGCUGGCGACAACACCACACCUGCUGGCGAUAACACCACACCUGCUGGCGAUAACACCACACCUGCUGGCGACAACACCACACCUGCUGGCGACAACACCACACCUGCUGGCGACAACACCACACCUGCUGGCGACAACACAACACCUGCUGGCGACACUACAACACCUGCCAGCACCACCACAGCUCCUGCCAGCACCACCACAGCUCCUGCCAGCAUCACCACAGCUCCUGCCAGCAACACCACAGCUCCUUCUGAGUAUCCCGACGAAGAGAGUUCAACCACGGGCGUGUGUGGCUACGACAGAGUCAACGCGUGCUUGGGAGGCACGUGCAUCGACCGCGGCACCGAACGCUGGACCUGUGUCUGCCUGCCCAACCACCGCUUGAGUGCCUACGACUGCGGUGGCUCUCGUUGCUACUACUGCAAUGAGAAUAGGGAGGCCAUUUCGUCCAUCACAGUCGCAGGCAGCGACUGGAGGUGCAAGGACGUGUACACCAUGUAUGGGCUCACGCUGCAGCAGUUCACUAAUAUGAAUGAGGGAAUUGACUGCUCCGCUCUCCUUCCUAAGGGUCGUGAGCUCGCUGUGCGUGAGCUUCUGCAACCUUGCACUGCGUUCUACUACAUCCAGCCUGCCGACACAUGCUCGUCCGUGGCUCAGUUUCUCAACAUCACCGCAAAGAGCCUGCAGCUGAUCAACCCCGAUGUUAGGUGCCCCACUCGCCUCACUGCGUUCCGUGCUCUGUGUGUGGAGCGCGACCCAUCCAAGGCCAGGCCGAGAUGUGCCAAGGAGAUAUAG